AUGUCGCCACGACCACCUACUUCGACGUCAGCUGGACAGGCCGAACACUACACCUCCAGAGUGGUCAUAUCGAACAUCGACCCGGGAAACAUGGCUCGAAUCCAAUUGCAAGGUGGGCCACCCGUGCUUAGGUCGUUAUCUAACUAUGAUCCAGCCAUGUCGAUGACGCUUGAUAACCAACGCCGGCGGGUUUGGAGACAACAACAGGGUCGGAUCGACCGUAAAGCACAGCAGACACGUCAGAAUGAGGAACAGAACGAGGAGUAA